AUUCAAACUGCACUGCCUCCCCGUGUGUUGUUGCUGAAGUCUUGGUUGAUACUUCGUAGAGUUGGAUUUUAUCGUUCAGAGUAAAUUAGUGUAUUUUAUUUUAAACCGCAACAAGAAGAAGAAGUGAUAUGCUUUUUUAAUUUUAAAAGAUUUUAUUUUUUUAAACAAUGGCUGAAGCCGUUGCAGCUCGGCAAGGAUUUAGGAUCAGUCCCGGGAGGAGACACGAUGCUAACAAGGAGAAUAAUAUUCCGGUUCUGAGUUUGAUUCAGUUUUCUAAGCCUCCUUUUGUGACAUUCGGAACCGUUAAGUUGGGGACCUCGAAGUCGGCUGUGUUGCGUAUUGAAAACCCAACCGAGGACGUAGAAGCAGACGUAACAGUUGAGAAGAUCGCAUCGACUAAAGGCUUCUCUGUCAACCACAACAGGUUUACCAUUGAGCCUGAGGGAUCAUUUACUUUGACCAUCACCUGGACCCCAACUGAGGAAGGUGGAAUCAGGGAGCUUAUUGUUGUCAACGCCAAUGGGAUCCUUAAACACCAGGCUGUCCUUCUGGGGAAAGCGGAAGCAACAAAGAAAAAGAAGAAAAGCCUAUGGGACACAAUCAAAAAGAAAAAUGGAGAAGGCACUAAAACAUCAAAAGCAAAGAAAGUGGACCCUCCACUAAAGAUGGCUGCCAACAAAACCUUUCAAGUGUCCCGGACGCCUCAGUACCAGCGAGAUAAGGCGUCUAGCCCGCUCGCGUCGCUGAACGCUAGAAAAGCUGUCAGGGAGAGGUCCAUCUCGAACAACUACAACCACGUGGAGAGCAACUCCCUGAUACAAGAGGACAGGAAACCUUUGCACACCAGGCAACUGGCUGUGACUGUUUGGGAUUCUGAGGCGGUUCAUCCUCUUCAGAAAAACUCCCCUGUGGUUCUACUUGUUCCAGCCGGAUCGAGCAACCCGUGCUCCAGUCUGGGUUCCCCACCAGAAAAAUGCGAAAACAAAGAUCUUGCUAAAAUUUUAAACCAGACUCUGUCACCCAUCGGGACACCAGAAAGGUUUAAGAAGCUUAUGCCUCGUAUUCAGUCAGAGAGUCCUCCUCCUGCUUCUGCAAAACCCGAUACUGACAGUGUGUCAACUGGAGAGCCCGUCGUGUCACUGAGGGAAGCGCUGGCCGUCAUUGGCUCUGAUUUGAGCCAAAUUUACACCAGCCCUCGGGAGAUAAGUUCCAGCUGCGAGUAUUCUGACUCGCUGGAAUCAAAGGGUGGGAGAUCUGAGAACGAUGACCCCAGGGCAAUACCCGACAGCCCAGAACUGCCCGAGUUCAACGAGCAAAGACUUACGUUCUUUGUCAGUAAAAAGUCUACGACUUCAGACGACCACAAGACUGUAGAAAAGGUUAAAAAGACUACUUUUACAUCGGCCACAGUCAUUAAAAGCAAGGCAUCAGGGGAUUCAAAUGGCUGGAGUGGUCGAAAAAUAAGGAAAUCUCGGCGAAGGCUUUUGGAGAAAUCUCUUGAGUUGUCUGGCAGCAGCGGUCAGAGCGAGUCUGGACCGGACACUCCAAACCUGCCUGUGAUAGCUGCUGACACAGGAGCUUCUCUGAUUCAUGAAAAGCAUGAAAUAACAGAGUUUGCCUCUUCCAGUUCAACGCCAAGGCCUCGCACCUCAUCACCCCCCAUCGCCUUCCCCAUCUCCUCCCCUAUUUGUAUUGCCCUGUCACACACCUCCAUCUCAGCCAGCCCUUUGCCUCCUGCAGCACCUUCUCCCAUCAUGUUUGCCAUCGCCUCCUCACCACCCGUGGGCUCAUCUUCACCUCUUCAUCCCAGUCUUCUACCGAGCUACCAGCAGUCUGUUCCUGCCACUCCAUCCGUCCACGAAGACUCGUUCCCCGUUCAUGUGGCAGCAAUAUGCAAGAAGAGAAAGAGUGAGGAGCAUUUGAAAUGUGACAGGAAGUUUGAGGAUCCUGGGAAACCAGAUCAGGGUAAACGAAGCAGGGUGGUGACCGCAAAACUGGAACCUCCAAGAUCAGUCCGGGACAGGACGAGUAACGCACAGAGGCAAAGAGCAACAGGAACUGCUCUGUCUGUGAAUGCAGCGCGGCCUGCAGCUCCUUCCCGAGCUAAACCAACGAGCUCCAAAGCACUUUCUAAGAGGACGGGUGAUGCAUCUGUGAGGAGAACAAAAGUAGUGGCUGUGGCACAAUCCAAACUGACCUUCAUCAAACCGACUCAGACAGCUUUACCCAGACAUCCAAUGUCAUUCGCUGCCAAGAACAUGUUCUACGAUGAGAGGUGGAUUGAGAAGCAGGAGAGGGGGUUCACAUGGUGGAUCAACUAUGUCCUCACUCCAGAUGAUUUUAAAGUCAAUCCCGAAGUCAACAAAGCUAGUGCCGUAUCUCUGGCCAUCGGCAGCGACAAGUUCAAUGUGCCCAGAGCUCCCACCAAAGAGGAGAUGUCCUUUAGUACCUACACGGCCAGGCGGAAACUAAACCGCCUCCGCCGGUCUGCCUGCCAGUUGUUCACGUCUGAAGCCAUGGCCAAGGCCAUUCAGAGGCUCGAACUGGAGGUGGAGGCCAGGCGUCUGCUCGUACGGAAAGAUCGCCACUUGUGGAGGGACAUUGGUGAACGUAAAAAGGUUCUCAACUGGCUUCUUUCCUACAAUCCCCUGUGGUUACGGAUUGGUCUGGAGACGAUUUUUGGGGAGUUCAUCUGUCUUGAGAGCAACAGUGACACCCUGGGUCUGGCCAUGUUCAUUCUCCAGCGGCUGCUGUGGAACCCCGACAUAGCGGCCGAGUACAGACACCACAGGGUCCCUAACCUUUACAAAGAGGGCCACGAGGAGGCGCUGUCUCGCUUCACCCUGAAGAAGCUGCUGCUUCUGGUCUGUUUCCUGGAUAAAGCCAAAGAAUGUCGUCUGAUCGAACACAACCCCUGUUUGUUCUGUGUGGAUGCAGAGUUCAAGGCGACCAAAGACCUGUUGCUGGCCUUCUCCAGGGACUUCCUGAGCGGGGAAGGGAUCCUCCCGCGCCAUCUGGGCUACCUCGGGCUACCUGUCUCUCAUGUUCAAACUCCUCUUGAUGAGUUCGACUUUGCUGUGAAGAACCUGGCGGUGGAUUUGAAAUGCGGCAUUCGUCUUGCGCGUGUGAUGGAACUCCUCACUCUUGAUUGGAGACUGUCGGCGAAGCUCCGUCUGCCCGCCAUCAGCCGCCUGCAGAAGAUCCACAACGUUGACCUCGCCCUGCAGGUGCUGAAAGCCAAAGGAAUUGACCUCAAGGAUGAACAUGGUUCCAUCAUUGACUCCAGGGACAUUGUAGAUGGACAUCGAGAGAAGACACUGAGCCUCCUGUGGAAAAUCAUCUUCGCAUUCCAUGUGGAAGUGAUUCUGGAUGAGAAUCAGCUCCGUCAGGAAAUCGGUUUCCUGAGGAGAACUCUGAGGACCAAACGGAGGCUGGCUAGAGUGAGGGCCGACCAAGGAAUUCAGCCCAGUCCCAUGAAAACCAGGGUGUCGUACGAACACACAAGUACCAAGAUUACAUUGCUGAUGGAGUGGGUCCGUGCAGUGUGUAACUUCUACAACCUGAAGGUGGAAAACUUCACGGUGAUGUUUUCAGACGGCCGCGUACUCUGCUACCUCAUCCACCACUACCACCCCAGCCUCCUGCCGGAGGCUUCCAUUAGCCACAGCACCACCCAGACCGUGGAGGGUUCCCCGACGGGCCGCCUGGAGCUCGACUGUUCAGCCAGCGACUCCGACAGCUCCUUUGACGCGUUAAAAAAAGGAGGCCCAGAUUCUCCAUCUGUUGUGUUUAAAGAGCUGCUGGAGAAUGAGAAAAGCAACUUCAAGUUGGUCAACAGUGCUGUUGCUUUCUUGGGGGGAGUUCCCGCCAUGAUCAACCUGGCUGACAUGUCCAACACCAUCCCUGAUGAGAAGGUGGUUAUGACCUACCUGUCCUUCCUCUGCGCUCGUCUGCUGGACCUGCAUAACGAAACCAGAGCUGCUCGGGUCAUUCAAGGGGCCUGGAGGAAAUACAGACUGAAGAAAGAUCUGCAGCUUUAUGAGGAAAGGAACAAAGCUGCUUUAAAGAUCCAGCUUAUGGUGAGACGUUUUCUACAGAAGAGAAGAGCUGCGAGGCGAGCUCAGGCUGCAGUCCUCAUUCAGUCUGCCUGGAGGGGCUUUUUAGCCCGCAAAAUUCUGAGGAUGCAGAAAGAGGCUCUGCUGCGGGCUGUGCAGCACGAAGCGGCAACCAUUAUCCAGGCUCAUUGGAGGAUGUUUUCUGCCUUCAAGGCUUACAACCAGCUCAGAUAUUACACAGUGUCAGUCCAAGCCCAAUGGAGGAUGAGGAGGGCAGCUGCAACUUAUGGCAAAGUCUGCAGGGCGGUCCGAGUCCUCCAGAAGUACUCACGAGCUUGGGCUCUCUCCAGAAAGCAGCGGGACCGUUACCUCCUUCUCAGGAGCUCUGUGGUCAAACUGCAAAGAGCUUUUAGGAGAUGGAAAGCUACAAAAAUUGAAGAAGAAAAUCGUGCGGCCGUGGUGAUACAAGCUGCUUUUAAGAAGUGGUACAGCCACAGGAUGGCGACAAAAUCCGCUGCCGCCGUCAGAAUCCAGUCCUGGUUCCGAAUGCAGGUGUGCCAUCGUGAUUACAGCCAGAUCAGGAGAAGCGCUGUUCUUAUUCAAGCUUACCAUAGGGGCCAAGUGCAGAGGCGGCGGUUUCAGACGCUGAAGCUGCAGCAUGACUCUGCUGUUGUCAUUCAAAGGGCCUUCAGGGGCCACGUUGUGAGGAAGCAGGUGCUGGAGAUGAGGCAGGCAGCAGUUGUGAUCCAGCAGCGCUUUCGGGCUUCUGUGAAAAGAAAUGCGCAAAGGAGAGCGUUUUUGACGAUGAGAUGCGCGGCUGUUGCCAUGCAGGCAGUAUUUCGUGGAAAGAAGGCCCGAGAGCUGCUAAAAAAGCAACAUGAGGCAGCAACGGUGAUCCAGGCAGCAUUUAGGGAGCGUGCUGCUCGAAAGAAGUACCUCGCCUUGAGAAAGGCGGCUAUUAGGGUACAACGCAGGUACAGAGCUACCGUUCUGGCUCGCAAGACUAAGACGCAAUAUUUUGCUUUGAGGAAGGCCGCCCUCGUUUUACAGGCCAGCUGGCGAGGCAGAGCUGACAGGAAGAAAAUCGAAAUGUGGCAUCGGUGUGCAACUUUGAUACAGGCUUCUUAUCGACGACACAGAAUCCAUGCAGAGUUCAGAUCCAAGAAGGGAGCAGCUCUUGUCAUUCAGCGUCGCUACAGAGCUUUUGUUGCUGGGAAAGACAUAAGGGGAAAAUUCUUACAGAAGAGAGCAGCUUCCAUAGCUCUUCAAGCUGGAUUCAGAGGCAUGAGAGUGAGAUCGGAACUCAAGAGGAAGCACCAAGCUGCAACUGUCAUUCAGUCUUGGAUUAGAAGGUUUUUGUGUGAGAAAAGAUACUUCUUGAUGCAGUGUGCAGCAAUUAUCAUCCAGUCGAGGUACAGAGCUCUUCUGCUGUGCAGGGCAUCACAAAAGGAGUUCAGAAAGCAAAAGCAGGCUGCCAUUAAGAUACAAGCCGUGUUCAGGGGGCUCAGAGUGAGGCAGGAGCACCGGAAGAGGAUUGCUGCUGCCACAGCUAUUCAAGCUCACUUCAGGAUGUACAAAAUGCGCAUGGCUUACCUAGCUGCCAAGUUUGCUGCCAUUAUUAUUCAGGAGCGCUACAGGGCCAAAAAGCUCCGGGAUCAAGAGCGGCAACGCUACAAAAGAAUCAAAUCUGCCGCUGUAGUGAUCCAGGCAGCAUAUCGAGGAUGCAUGGUCAGGAGGAGGAUGGCAGAGCGCCAUCGAGCUGCAGCAAUCAUACAGAGAAUGUUUCUGACUAUCCAGGCCAGAAAGCAAUUCCUCAAACUCAAGUCUGUAGCUCUGAUCUGUCAACGGAGGUACAGAGCUCUGAGCCUGGCAAGAAAAUUCCACCUGGAUUAUCUGUCAAAGCGCAGGGCAGUUGUUUGUUUGCAGGCGGCUUGUAGAGGAUACUUGGUCAGAAAGCAGCUGCAUGUCAGACAAAGAGCUGCUGUGAUUAUUCAGUCUUAUUUCAGGAUGCACCAGAGGAAGACUCGAUACAGGAGGCUCCGCUGGGCGUGCAGGGUUGUGCAAGAACGGUGCCGGGCCAACAAAAAGAUGAGAGUGGACAUGCAUGCAAUGAAGGCCGUGAAAAAUGCUGCCAUUGUCUUACAAUCUGCUUAUAGAGGCAUGAAGUCCAGGAGAAUCCUUCAACAAGAGCAUCAAGCUGCUGCAGUUAUCCAGAGAUCUUUCAGAGCCCACUGUGAACACAGGAGCUAUCUGACCCUAAAGGCCUCCGUUCUGAACAUUCAGCGCAGAUAUCGAGCCAACAUGGCUGCAAAGAAACAGAAAAGUCAAUAUCAACAAAUCAGAAAAGCAACGAUCCUCCUGCAGGCGGUCUACAGAGGUCAACAGGUCAGGAAGGAGGUUGGACGUUGGCACCGAGCUGCUACUGUGAUCCAGUCAGCUUUCAGAAGAUACAGAGAGGAGGUCAAGUUCCAGGCCAUGCGUCUGUCUGCCACCAUCAUCCAAAGGCGCUACAGAGCCCUUCUUCAGGGGAGGACAGACAGAAGGAACUUCUUGAACAUGAAAUGUUCAGCUGUGGUUCUUCAGGCAGCUUUCAGAGGUCAUCGUGUGAGAACCGAUGUAGCAAACAUGCACUCUGCAGCAGUGGUCAUUCAAGCCAACUUCAGGAGAUUCAGAGAGCAGAAGACCUUCAGGAGACGACGCUGGGCAGCUGUCGUCCUACAGCAGAGGUUUAGAGCUCAAAAACAGAAACAACAUGCAGUCAAACAAUAUUACAAAGUCAGAAAAGCUGCAGUUUUGCUUCAAGCUGCUUACAGAGGCAUGAAAUCCAGAAGAAUCCUUCAACAAGAGCAUCAAGCUGCUGCAGUUAUCCAGAGAUCUUUCAGAGCCCACUGUGAACACAGAAGCUAUCUGACCCUAAAGGCCUCCGUUCUGAACAUUCAGCGCAGAUAUCGAGCCAACAUGGCUGCAAAGAAACAGAAAAGUCAAUAUCAACAAAUCAGAAAAGCAACGAUCCUCCUGCAGGCGGUCUACAGAGGUCAACAGGUCAGGAAGGAGGUUGGACGUUGGCACCGAGCUGCUACUGUGAUCCAGUCAGCUUUCAGAAGAUACAGAGAGGAGGUCAAGUUCCAGGCCAUGCGUCUGUCUGCCACCAUCAUCCAAAGGCGCUACAGAGCCCUUCUUCAGGGGAGGACAGACAGAAGGAACUUCUUGAACAUGAAAUGUUCAGCUGUGGUUCUUCAGGCAGCUUUCCGAGGUCAUCGUGUGAGAACCGAUGUAGCAAACAUGCACUCUGCAGCACUGGUCAUUCAAGCCAACUUCAGGAGAUUCAGAGAGCAGAAGACCUUCAGGAGACGACGCUGGGCAGCUGUUGUCCUACAGCAGAGGUUUAGAGCUCAAAAACAGAAACGACAUGCAGUCAAACAAUAUCACAAAGUCAGAAAAGCUGCAGUUUUGCUUCAAGCUGCUUAUAGAGGCAUGAAAUCCAGAAGAAUCCUUCAACAAGAGCAUCAAGCUGCUGCAGUUAUCCAGAGAUCUUUCAGAGCCCACUGUGAACACAGGAGCUAUCUGACCCUAAAGGCCUCCGUUCUGAACAUUCAGCGCAGAUAUCGAGCCAACAUGGCUGCAGAGACACAGAAACACCAAUAUCAACAAAUCAGAAAAGCAACAAUCCUCCUGCAGGCAGUCUACAGAGGUCAACAGGUCAGGAAGGAGGUUGGACAUUGGCACCAAGCUGCUACUGUGAUCCAGUCAGCUUUCAGAAGAUACAGAGAGGAGGUCAAGUUCCAGGCCAUGCGUCUGUCUGCCACCAUCAUCCAAAGACGCUACAGAGCCCUUCUUCAGGGGAGGAGAGACAGAAGGAACUUCUUAAGGAUGAAACGUUCAGCUGUGGUUCUUCAGGCAGCUUUCAGAGGUUAUCGUGUGAGAACCGACGUAGCAAACAUGCACUCUGCAGCAGUGGUCAUUCAGUCUAACUUCAGGAGAUUCAGAGAGCAGAAGACCUUCAGGAGACGACGCUGGGCAGCUGUCGUCCUACAGCAGAGGUUUAGAGCUCAAAAACAGAAACGACAUGCAGUCAAACAAUAUCACAAAGUCAGAAAAGCUGCAGUUUUGCUUCAAGCUGCUUAUAGAGGCAUGAAAUCCAGAAGAAUCCUUCAACAAGAGCAUCAAGCUGCUGCAGUUAUCCAGAGAUCUUUCAGAGCCCACUGUGAACACAGAAGCUAUGUGACCCUAAAGGCCUCCGUUCUGAACAUUCAGCGCAGAUAUCGAGCCAACAUGGCUGCAAAGACACAGAAACACCAAUAUCAACAAAUCAGAAAAGCAACGAUCCUCCUGCAGGCGGUCUACAGAGGUCAACAGGUCAGGAAGGAUGUUGGACAUUGGCACCGAGCUGCUACUGUGAUCCAGUCAGCUUUCAGAAGAUACAGAGAAGAGGUCAAGUUCCAGGCCAUGCGUCUGUCUGCCACCAUCAUCCAAAGGCGCUACAGAGCCCUUCUUCAGGGGAGGACAGACAGAAGGAACUUCUUAAGGAUGAAACGUUCAGCUGUGGUUCUUCAGGCAGCUUUCAGAGGUCACCGUGUCAGAACCGACGUAGCAAACAUGCACUCUGCAGCACUGGUCAUUCAAGCCAACUUCAGGAGAUUCAGAGAGCAGAAGACCUUCAGGAGACGACGCUGGGCAGCUGUCGUCCUACAGCAGAGGUUUAGAGCUCAAAAACAGAAACAAAAUGCAGUCAAACAAUAUCACAAAAUCAGAAAAGCUGUAGUUUUGCUUCAAGCUGCUUAUAGAGGCAUGAAAUCCAGAAGAAUCCUUCAACAAGAGCAUCAAGCUGCUGCAGUUAUCCAGAGAUCUUUCAGAGCCCACUGUGAACACAGGAGCUAUCUGACCCUAAAGUCCUCGGUUCUGAAAAUUCAGCGCAGAUAUCGAGCCAACAUGGCUGCAAAGACACAGAAACACCAAUAUCAACAAAUCAGAAAAGCAACGAUCCUCCUGCAGGCGGUCUACAGAGGUCAACAGGUCAGGAAGGAGGUUGGACGCUGGCACCGAGCUGCUACUGUGAUCCAGUCAGCUUUCAGAAGAUACAGAGAGGAGGUCAAGUUCCAGGCCAUGCGUCUGUCUGCCACCAUCAUCCAAAGACGCUACAGAGCCCUUCUUCAGGGGAGGAGAGACAGAAGGAACUUCUUGAACAUGAAAUGUUCUGCUGUGGUUCUUCAGGCAGCUUUCAGAGGCCAUCGUGUGAGAACCGACGUAGCAAACAUGCACUCUGCAGCAGUGGUCAUUCAAGCCAACUUCAGGAGAUUCAGAGAGCAGAAGACCUUCAGGAGACGACGCUGGGCAGCUGUCGUCCUACAGCAGAGGUUUAGAGCUCAAAAACAGAAACAAAAUGCAGUCAAACAAUAUCACAAAGUCAGAAAAGCUGCAGUUUUGCUUCAAGCUGCUUAUAGAGGCAUGAAAUCCAGAAGAAUCCUUCAACAAGAGCAUCAAGCUGCUGCAGUUAUCCAGAGAUCUUUCAGAGCCCACUGUGAACACAGAAGCUAUCUGACCCUAAAGGCCUCCGUUCUGAACAUUCAGCGCAGAUAUCGAGCCAACAUGGUAGCUAAAGGAGAAAGGAAAAUAUACAUCCAGAAAAGGCAAGCCACCAUGUUAAUUCAGAGGAGCUUCAGAGCAUGGAAAGCUCGACAACAGGUUGUGCAAGCAGCACGGGCUGAGAAGAGACUACGCUUUACAGCUGUGGUCUUCCAUCAUCUCUGUGCCAUGAAGAUCCAGAGAGCUUUGAGAGCUCACUGGGCUUUGGAGUCAGCAAAGAAACAGAUCAACUCUGUGGUCACUAUUCAGCGAUGGCUGAGAGCCAGGCAACAGAGGAGACAUUAUCUGGAGGAGAGGGGCAAAGUGGUUACCGCUCAGAGAGCUGUCAGGCGCUGGCUCGCCCAUCGCCACAAGGCUGCCUCCGUCAUCCAGCUGACUGUCAGGAAGUUCCUCGAUGUCAAACGGCAGCAGAGGGUUCAGCGAGGCAUUGUGAAGGCUCAGGCUCUCUGGAGAGCGCACUGCUCCCGCCAACACCACGACAACGCCAAGCUUGUCAAACUAAGACAUCGAUUACGUCAAAUUUCUGCUGAGGUUCGAGAAGAAGACAAACUGUGCAACAAAACGUCCUCUGCGCUGGAUUACCUCCUUCGAUAUAAACACUUCUCCUACAUUCUAGAGGCCCUCCAAAACUUGGAGACAGCCACCAGGCUCUCACCUGAGUGCUGUGAGCGGUUAGUGCAAAGCGGAGCCACCAACGUCAUCUUCACGCUGAUCCGCUGUUGUAACAGAAGUGUCCCCUGUAUGGACGUCAUCACCUUCUCCAUCCAGAUCCUUCUCAACCUCUCAAAGUACCAGAAAACCAUAGAGGCUGUGUAUUCAGUGGAAAACUCUGUGGAGACUCUCCUGGAUUUGCUGCAGAGAUACCGAGAGAAGGCGGGGGAUAAAGUGGCGGAAAAAGGCGGAAGCAUCUUCACCAAAGCCUGCUUCCUUCUCGCUCUGCUCCUGCAGGACAAACGGCGUGCUGAGGCUGUCAUGAAGCUGCCUAAAGCCUUGGAUAGGAUCCGCAGCAUUUACCGCCUCACUGCUCGUAAACACAAGAUGGACGCAGAGAGAACCAUCACCAAACAGAAAAUGAACGCCUCAAUAAACGGGAGCUUCUUUGUUCCAGCAACGCCCCGUAAAUCACGCCCUGCACCCAAGUUUGCGCCAGAGUGGGUCCUCAGAAAGGAUAAACUCAAAGACAUCGUGGAUCCUCUCAGGGCCAUUCACAUGGUGGCAGACACGCUAUCCAUUGUGUUGUAAAUAAAAAGGAAAUUAAUAUGUUCUUA